AUGGCUAUGUUAUCAAGACAAUUUGCUAAAUUUCUGAAGCGUAAGGGCGAAGAGAAGAAAAGUAGAAUGGGUGAAGAGAUGAAGACUUCAUCAAAGAAUGUUCAGUGUUUUGAAUGCAAAGGAUAUGGGCAUGUACGGUCUGAAUGUGCCAAUCUACAAAAGUAUAAGAAGAAAGCUAUGAAUGUUGAAACUAGUGAUUCUGAAACUGAUUCAGAUGAAGAAGAAGAACUGAAGAAUUUUGUGGCGUUUACAACAUUUGAAGAUAGUUCAGAAUCAGUGUUUGCAUCAGCGUCUGCAUCAGUGUCUGCAACUGCUUCUGAACCUGCAGUAAAACCUACAACUACAUCUGAACAUGAAUCUGAUAGUGAUAGUGAUGCAGAGGAUAUGAGUUAUGAAAAAUUUGUUUUGAUUAAGGUGAAGCUCGAGUUAGAGGCUAAAAUCGUUGAAGCAGAGAAACAUGCAACAGAGAAGGGAGAAGAAACGUUACAAGCUAAAACUGAUAAGUGUGGACUUGGAUUUGAAGGUAAAGUUUCAAAAUCAGAUAUAAUGUUUGUUUCAAGUGGAAAAAUUACGUCUGCAUCAGGAACUGCACUGGUAACAGAGACUGCUUUAAAGAAUGCUUUAAAGAGUGUUUCAGAGACUGUAUUUUUGAAAGAGCAUGGUAAAAGAAUUUCUGAAUUGGAGAAUGCACCUAGACAAGUGUUUCGACCUGUUUGCCAUCAUUGUGGUGUUGUUGGGCAUAUUAGACCAAGGUGUUUCAGAUUGUUGAGAGAGAAGAGCCGAAUGGAGAAUGCUUAUGAUGUAAGGUUUCAAGGUCCUACAUGUUAUCAUUGUGGAGUUCAAGGACAUAUUAAGAGGAAUUGUUUCAGGUUCAUUCAAGAGGAUAAAUAUGGAGGUCUAAGGCGCAACAAGGUUUGGGUUAGAAAAGAUGAGUUCUAUGGAGGUGGUGGGGAGAAUGAAGAUGUGUUUGGUGAUGUGUUUAGGUGUUUGAACUGA